GGAAUACCUAAUAUCAUCUUUCUCAACUUCCAGUUUGAGCAGACUGUUCUUUCUUCGCCCUAGCGACAGUCCCUUCCCUCACCUCGUUUGCUUCACCUUGUCCCUCUUCAGCCAUCCUCACCGAGUCAGUUCCCCAUCUCGCCUCUGCAUAGAAUCCCCACCCCUCAAUCUCGCCGCAGCACAGGCGAAAGGAAAGCGUCGCUAGCCCCUUGACAUAGCCGCUGCUUAUCCUUCCCGCAUCACUGAAGCAGCUCGUCGGCGCUUAUCGCUGAUUCAAUAUCCUCUUUGCUGGUUGAUGCGAUAUUAAGCUAAGUUGUGCAGCAGAAUGGGGGCUCCGUUUUAGGCCUGUGUGAACUGAAGUUUUAUUUUAUAGUCAGUUAUUUUGCCUUGAACUAAAUAUUUUUUCUCUGGAAGUUGUUAUCUGCAGGGUUUUUCUUAUUUUGGGUCAGAGAACUCCAAUGGUAGGAAUCUGAAGAACUUAUGGUUAUUUUGGCAUUGAUUUCCUUUCCUUAUACCUGCUGAAAUUCUGGUGGAAAAAAAAUGCCUGGCACAGCAAUCUUGCCUCUUCCAGCACCUCCUUCUAGUGGAGACAGCUCUGUUCCGCCUUCUCAAGUGUUAGAACAGUCUUCUAAGGAAGAUAAAACAGCAAAUGAGGACCAGAACAAAGCCCCAGUCGCAACCCACACAAGAACUAUUGGAAUCAUUCAUCCCCCUCCGGAUAUUAGGAAUAUUGUAGACAAAACUGCACAGUUUGUUGCAAAAAAUGGACCUGAGUUUGAAAAAAGGAUCAUUGCCAAUAAUGCUAACAAUGCCAAAUUCAAUUUUUUGAAUCCCUCAGAUCCAUACCAUGCAUAUUAUCAACAUCAUUUAUCUGAAUUUCGUGCUCUAAAUCAAUCUUCUGCUCAGCAACCUCCUUCACAGCCUGCAGAUUCUGACGCCACUGAGUCAACCCAGUCUGCUCCUGCUACUGAUGGCACUGACACUGCUCCAAAGCCUGACCCCACAGCUCAGUUUAGACCACCUCCUCGUAAAGUUCUUGAACCCCCAGAAGCUGAGCAGUAUACUAUUCGGCUUCCUGAGGGGAUCACUGGAGAGGAACUUGAUAUUAUUAAGCUCACAGCCCAGUUUGUGGCUCGAAAUGGCCAAGCUUUUUUGACUGGUCUGACAAAUAGGGAGAUGAACAACGCUCAGUUCCACUUUUUGAAGCCAACUCACAGCAUGUUCACAUUUUUUACCGGACUGGCUGAUGGAUACUCAAAAGUGUUGAUGCCUCCUAAGGGGUUGACUGGCAAGCUGACAAAAAGCGUUGCUGAUAUGACCACUGUGCUUGAGCGGUGCUUGCAUCGCUUGGAGUGGGAACACUCGCAGGAGCAGGCGAGGCAGAAAGCUGAGGAUGAGAUUGAGCAAGAGAGGAUCCAAAUGGCCAUGAUUGAUUGGCAUGAUUUUGUAGUGGUUGAGACGAUAGACUUUGCAGAUGAUGAGGAUGAGGACUUGCCCCCACCUAUGACACUUGAGGAGGUUAUAAGGAGGAGCAAGGUGUCUGCUAUGGUUGAAGAUGAUAUCAUUGAGCCUGGAAAGGAGGUGGAAAUGGAAAUGGAUGAAGAAGAAGUGCAACUUGUUGAGGAGGGGAUGAGGGCAGCGAGUCUUGAAGAGAAUGAUAGUGAGAAGAAAUUCACUAAGGCAAAUGAGGAACCAGAAGAACCAAUGAGAAUUGUGAAGAACUGGAAGAGACCUGAGGAAAGGAUCCCUGUUGAAAGGGACCCAACAAAGGUAGUGGUUUCCCCUAUCACUGGUGAGCUAAUUCCCAUUAAUGAGAUGUCUGAGCAUAUGAGGAUUUCUCUAAUCGAUCCCAAGUACAAGGAGCAAAAGGAAAGGAUGUUCGCAAAAAUCCGGGAAACAACUCUUGCUCAGGAUGAUGAAAUCUCUAGAAACAUUGUCGGACUUGCACGGACUCGUCCUGAUAUCUUUGGAACGACUGAAGAAGAAGUUUCUAAUGCAGUUAAGGCAGAGAUUGAGAAGAAAGAUGAGCAACCAAAGCAGGUCAUAUGGGAUGGUCACACCGGAAGCAUUGGCCGUACAGCAAAUCAAGCUAUGUCUCAAAAUGUUGGGGAGGAUCAAAGUGAAGCUGGUAAUGAUGAUGCAAGGAGCCUUCCUGGUCCUGCAGCUCCUCCUCCUCGACCUGGUGUGCCUUCAGUUCGUCCCCUACCUCCACCACCUGGACUAGCACUGAAUCUGCUUCGCAUGCCUCCAAAUACCAUCCAAUACUCUGCUCCAACUAGCGGUGGAUUUCCUGUACCUCCAACAAGGCCACCGGGUAUGCCAAUGAUUCCAUCAAUUCGUCCGAUUCAGGCUCCAGUGCCAAUAGCACCUGGACAGCAGACCAUUAUGGUGAAUCGGCCCCUUCCAAUACCUCCAUCUAUAUCUGGAAAUCCAUCAAGUAUGCCAGUUCCGCCUCCACCUGGGUCUCAGUUUACUCUUGUGCCAAUUCCUCGACCUUUUGUCCCUCUUCCUGUCGCUCCAUCAGCAAAUGGUAUGAUGCCUCCACCACCACCACCUUUGCCUCAAGGAGUGCCUCCACCACCUCCACCUGAGGAUGCUCCUCCUCUUCCAGAUGAACCAGAGCCAAAGAGACAGAAGCUUGAUUCAAUGCUUAUUCCAGAAGAUCAAUUUCUGGCACAACAUCCGGGACCUGUAUGCGUCACUGUUUCUGUUCCGAAUGUUGAUGAAGGAAAUCUCAAAGGGCAAGUUCUUGAGAUUACAAUGCAGUCCUUAUCUGAAACUGUUGGCAGCUUGAAAGAGAAAAUUGCUGGAGAAAUCCAACUUCCUGCAAACAAGCAGAAAUUAAGUGGAAAAGCUGGUUUCCUAAAGGAUAAUAUGUCACUUGCCUACUACAACAUUGGAGCAGGAGAGGCACUGUCUCUUUCUUUGAGAGAGCGUGGUGGUAGAAAGAGAUGAAGGUGUUCCUUGACACAGCCAUUUAAGGUGGUUUUUUUUUCUAGUUCCCCCCCUUUUUACCCAACAUAUUGUAUUGGGGACUUUGUUAUUUUACUCUCAUUUAUCUUAUGCAAGAGAUUAUACUAUGUAUUUUUGGGGUAACAAUAUGACAUCAUUGUUAGUCCUGAAUUGUUAUAUCUGAACUGAUGGUUUGAUUGGUAAUUUGGUAUCUAAUACAGAUUCUGUGUCUUGGCAAGUUUCUCCUUAAGGGCAACAGGAAAGUAUACGAGUUCCAUUUGCUUAGGCAGUGGAAGCCAUUGGCUCAUUUCACUAACUAUUACCUCCUAUUGAAUUUGCAGUUAAUUCUCUGGAAAAUAAGUGCUCCAUGGUCGUACUUUUAGUUUGAUUUUUCCUAUAAAUGUUCUGUCUUGAGCCUUACAUAUGUUUUGAUUACAUUUUUUCUGCUCCUUUUUUACUUUUGUUGCUGCAAGUUCUUUUCUUUGCCAAUGUAAUGAUUCGAGAGGUGUUCUGCUAAUGCUUUAUUCCUGGACAGUAGAAGCGUGGGUGUAUGCAGAUUGUGAUAACCAUCCUACUUCAAUUUUGGUGUCUUGUGCUGGGUUUAUGCCGCCUCCUUAUCAUUUUGCUGCCAUGGUUGGUUUUGACCAUUCAGUAGCAAGCAUUGGGUUGGCCUUUUCUGAUGUUCUUGUGCAGAAGCUAUUUGUUUUGAUGGAUGGUGUUUGCACUGCUAGCUUAGGCAAGUUGAUGAUUUGUGCAUCUUAUUCAUUGGCGUGUUUGUUAUCGCUUGCAGAAUCCCAAUGGCAGUAACCCGAACUUGCCAUUUUUUUUUAUUGUAAUUUUUUAGCGGUAUUGACCAGUGUUAGUUGGCAGUGUAUUUGUUGCUAUUCUAUACUUUCUGAAAUCUGAAAAUGGAAUUAUAAAUUGUUACAGCAGCAACAAUGGUCGCGUCUGGUUUUUGAUAGCCUGUUUGUUACUAGUUUGUCAGUUGAGUUUGGAUCCUUUAAUCACAAAACAUGACUUUGGUCACCCUAUCAUA